AUGGUUCGCAUCACCAUCGCCGCUACCCUGGCUUUCGCCGCCGUCGCCCUUGCCCAGGCCAUCCCCAACACCUCGGGAGCCCGCAACGUCGGCAACGGCAACGGCGGACAGUUCACCACCGGUGGCUGCGUCGCCAACGCCGACUGCCAGGAGGGCUGCUGCGCCAACAACGGCCAGGGCACCGGCAUCUGCUCCGGCAGGGGCGCCGAGUUCCAGAACGGCAAGCAGGGCUGCGGCUUCGUCGACCCCAACCGCGCGGCCACCAUCGCCGCCGCCAAGGCCCAGGUCGCGCGCCAGGGAUUCUAA